AUGCCGCCCCCAGACCGCGCUCCCACUGGCAAGAUCGUCUUCGUGGGCAACAUCCCCUACGGCCUCACCGAAGAGCAAAUCACCGAGAUCUUCUCCUCCGCCGGCCGCGUCCUCUCCUUCCGCCUCGUCUACGACCGCGAAACCGGCCGCCCCAAAGGGUUCGGCUUCGCCGAAUACAGCGACCAAGAGACCGCCGCCAGCGCCGUCCGCAACCUCGACAACCACGAGAUCAUGGGCCGCAAGCUGCGCGUCGACUUCUCCCACGAGGGCAACGCCCCCGACGACAUGGACACAAUGUCCAUGUCCAUGUCGGGCGGGCCCACGCCGCUGCCCCCGCUCCCCCCCGGCGUCGAGAUGCCCGCGGGCCUCAGCGCCCCCGACGCCAUCAGCCGCACCCUCAGCGCCCUCAGCCCCCCGCAGCUCCUCGAGAUCCUCGGCCAGAUGAAGUCGCUCAUUGCCUCGGAGCCCCAGAAGGCAAUGGAGCUGCUGCGACAGGCACCCCAGCUCAGCUACGCUAUCUUCCAGGCACUGCUGCUCAUGAACCUUGUUGACACGAGCGUGUUGACGCAGGUGAUUGAGAAUUCGGCUCCUACGGCGGCGGUCGUGCCCCCGCCGCCUCCGCCGGUGGUGGCUGCGAGCGCGACGCCUGUUCAGGUGCCGGUGGUGCCGGUGGUGCCCCCCGCGCAGGCGUAUGGUGGGUAUCAUGCGCCGACGCCGCCCCAGGGGUAUGUUCCGCCGCCACCACCGCCGCCGCAGCAGCAGGCGCAGGAUCCGGCGAAGGCCGCGUUGAUACAGCAGGUGUUGAGCUUGACACCGGAGCAGAUUGGCGCGUUGCCGGCGGACCAGCAGAGUCAGAUUAUGAUGUUGAAGCAUCAGAUCCUGGCUGGCGGUGGGUUUUAG